AUGGAUGCCAUAUGCGUGCUCCAUCAAGUCUUAUGGCGCGAGCUUGUGCUGACUAGGACUUUGUUGAAUCUCAAUGCCGAGCAUGACCUCGAGAUCAAUCAUGUGCAGUACCUAUUCAGUGCAAUGAACGCUCAAUGGCAGGUUACCGAAUCCCGUCUUGACGAUCAACAGUUUAUUGGUCUGCGGUACGAACAUCUCGAUUCGCUACAGUGGUCCCUGUAG